AUUGCACCACUAGAAGUUCAUUUAUCUAGACCCCAUUCGCCUGUCAUAUUAUAGAAUCCAGAAUACUGCGUUCAAGCUUAGAAUUUAUCCUUUCUUAUAAGAAACAAUGGGCCAACAACCAGAGAAGAAGCCAUGGAUAGAGACACCUUUGAUUGAGUCUGCGGCACUCUCAAAAACAGCGGGAUGUCGAAUAUUCCUCAAAUUGGAAUUACUCCAGCCCUCCGGCUCGUUCAAGUCUCGCGGGAUUGGCAACCUGAUUCUCUCCUGCCUCGCAGACCCAGCUAAUCAUGGCAAGAAGCUUCACUUCUACAGCUCCUCGGGUGGUAAUGCGGGUCUUGCCGCCGUCACCGCCGCAAGAGAUCUGGGUUAUGAAUGCACGGUUAUCGUACCUCGCAGCACAAAGCCUAUGAUGGUUGAGAAACUGCACGAAGCAGGCGCUGCAGAUGUGGUUAUUGCCGGAGAUAGUUGGUUCGAUGCUGACACAUUCCUGCGGGAGAAGUACAUCGAGAACCAAGAUGAGCACGCAGAGGAGAGAAACGUUUACGUUCCUCCCUUUGACCAUCCUGAAAUCUGGAAAGGCGCAAGUACCAUGGUGUCUGAAAUUGCUGCUCAGUUGCCUCCUCGGGCGGCUGGCGAGUCCGAGUGUCCCUUUCCCGCUGAUAUGAUUGUCUGCAGUGUUGGUGGUGGGGGUUUGUUUAUUGGGCUUAUCGAGGGUCUCGAGGGAUACCUGCAGUCUCACCAGGCGAAUGUCAGUAAGGGUUCGCAGAGAAAGAAUGUCCAGGUCCUAGCCGUUGAGACUGAAGGAGCGGAUUCUCUCGCUCACUCUUUGCGAAGUGGGAGUCUGCAGUCACUUCCGGGGAUCACCUCGUUGGCAAAUACUCUGGGAGCCAUACGUGUGGCGCCUCAGGCGUUCAAAAACGCACAGUCCCCUCCAGCCGGUAUCGAAGUCAAGAGUUACGUUGGUCCUGAUUCUGAGGCUGCUCGGGGCGUUGUUCGUCUGGCUGAAACGCAGCGAUUGCAGGUUGAGCUGGCGUGUGGGAUCAGCGUUGAGGCUGCUAUGUCGGAAAGAUUAAAGAAUCUUGUUCCUGGAUUGACGCCUGAUAGCCGAGUGGUCAUUGUCGUCUGUGGAGGAAGCACGAUCACCACGGAGGGGAUAGUAGAAUAUGCUGAACGGUUAAAAAACGGAUGGGUCUAGAAAUUCCUGUUUAUAACGAUGGAGCAAUCUUAUAUAUCAAAGUUUGUUGGCUUCAUAUAUCCAAUAGCUUUGACGUAAAUCAUAUUGCGAAAUGAUGUUGAGAUGUUCCCUCCAAGCUAGUUGACACCGCAAAUCCGUUAGUAAACGGCUGUAAGUACAGUACAGACAUUUUCAGUAAUGCUGUAUUGCUUCGCCAGAUUUAAUUGAUCAAGUCGCUAUGCUA